UUUUCUAGCGGCCGCGUCGAUGGGUGACUGCGGCUAGCAAUGCAGAAUAUCUUCCUGUAUGAAUACGUGCCUGCUUUUCUUGAUGAACCGACACAGAAGUACCAUGGUUACAAUCCUGAUAUUCAUCCAGGAAUCACAGACCUCUUCCAUGUGGCUGCUUUCCGAUUUAGCCAUACUCUAAUACCGCCUGGGUUCUAUCUGAGGGACUCUCGGUGUAGAUUUCGACAUUUUGACGGACAUCCAGGCAUACGGUUGUGCAACACAUUCCACGCCGCACAGACGACGAUAAAAAUGUACGGAAUAGAAGAGGUUCUCAUGGGAAUGGCUUCGCAAAUUGCAGAGCGGGAGGAUACUGUCAUUGCCGAUGAUCUAAGAGAGUCCGUCUUUGGCCCGAAGCAGUAUUCGAGACGGGAUCUCGUAGCGUUAAACAUAAUGCGUGGCCGUGACUUCGGGCUGACUGACUACAACACAGCAAGACAGAACUUCGGGUUCGACAGAAUGAGUAAUUGGUCUGACAUCAACCCCGAACUUAACAAGGUGACACCGGAGGUUUUCACCACUCUCGGGAAGCUGUACGGAAGCAUCGAUGAGAUCGACCUAUACGUGGGGGGCAUGCUGGAGACAGGUAGCCACGGCAUCGGACCGCUGUUUCGCGCCAUCAUUAAGGAUCAGUUCUACCGUCUGCGUGACGGAGACCGAUUCUGGUUCGAGAACAACAAGAACCAGCUAUUUACGCAAGAGGAAGUGGCCCGGAUCAAAGCAACGAAGCUGUACGACGUUAUCCUUGCCUGCACAAAUAUAGGACCGUCUGAUAUACAAGAGAACGUGUUUUUCUGGCAUUCAAACAGCACUAAGGGUUGCCCGCAACCGAUGCAGCUACGCGGCAAGCACAUGGAGAAGUGCGUCGAACUCGUCCGCCAUGACAGUUUCUCCGGCAGUGAAUUCUUUUACAUCUUCUCGUGUGUCAUCUGCGCCGUAGUUCCGAUCUUGCUCGCUGGAGCAGCGUCGGUUAUCGUCAAGCAUCGCGUGAAGAAGACCGCAAAAAUAAAAGCUUCGGCGACGAGACUGUGUGACCACGAAGUGAAGAUGAAAGAUGCGCUGCGCAUCAAGGCUCUGGAGUGGUUGAACGGGUCGCACAGUCGCAAGGUUACGGUGCAGUUUGGUCCGUCGGACAGUCUGCUGGUGCUGAGCAGAAAGAACGACAAGCUGCGAAACAUCAGCCUUCGAGAAAUCUUCAACGUCAUCGUCGAAUCGAACCUCGACACGGAGAAAGCAUGUCUGGCUCUCAUACGCAUCCCAAAGGACCACGACCUGGUACUACAGUUUAGCUCUACCAACAAGCGCAAGAAUUUCCUCUCGAUGUUCAAUGAUUUUCUACAGCGUCAAGGCAAGGCACUCGAAGUUCUUGGAACAAUUGCUUCCAAGAUGUACGAAACCGCCGAGACGAAAGAGAAACGACAGAAACGGCUCGAACACUUCUUCAAAGACGCAUACAAAGAGGCCUUCGGAUUCGAAACAGCUAGCAGUAAAGACCCGGUCGCUGCUGAGGAGUUACUCAACACAGAACUCACGAAGGCGGAAUUUGCCGAAGUGCUGGGCAUGAAAGCCAAUUCUCUCUUCAUCGAAAGGUUAUUUGCCGUGACUGAUAGGGACAGAAGCGGUUAUAUCAGCUACAAAGACUUCCUGGAUACGGUUAUAUUGUUCGCCAGAGGAACCGCACUCGAUAAGAUGCGCGUUCUCUAUAACAUGCUGAACGUGUCGCAGGAAGAAAACCUGAGCAUAGUCGACUUUGAGCAAAUGAUCAGAUCGUUGAUUCAGACCACUCAGAGUGAAUUCAGCGAGAGGAACGUACAAGACCUCGUGCAAGCGUGGUUAUCGUCAGUCGGUCUAGCCGAAAAAACGGAACUGAAUUUCGAGGACUUUAGAAUUCUUCUACAAAAACACGAAAAUGAUUUGGGCAAGAUGGGAUUACACCUAAAAGGUACGAAGCAAGUGUACGUGCCAAAACGAAGCGCACUGAGGACCGAGAGUUUUCGCGUCGAUACGGACGUCUUUCAGCUGCAGUCGCGGCAGCCCUGGCUCAGACGUCGCUGGAGUUCGUUCAUCACGUAUCUAGAGGACAACCGACAGCACAUCUUUUACCUCGCCGUCUUCUACAUGAUCUGCAUCGCUCUGUUCGUCGAACGCUACACGUAUUACUGCACUCUGUCCGAGCACAAGGAUCUGCGGCACGUCAUGGGUCAGGGCAUCUGCGUCACGCGCGGCGCCGCUAGCGUCAUAUCCUUCACGUACGCACUGCUCGUGCUGACGGUGUGUCGUCACUUCACGACGUACCUUCGCGACACCGUCAUCAACCAGUACAUACCGCUAGACUCGGCCAUCAUGUUUCACAAAGUCGUCGCUUGCACUGCCGCAUUUUUUCACGGCCGUACAACACCGUCGGUCACGUGAUUAACUUUUAUCACGUGUCCACGCAGCCGCCGUGGAACAUUUGGCGUGUUCUAUUCAAGGGAAUAACCUUCCGUCUGGGUUCGAGCCAAGUUUUCAGUACUUCCUGUAUGCGACAAUCCCAGGUCUGACUGGGCUCAUUCUGGUCAUACUCUGUUAUGCGCUCUACAUCUUCGCGACGCCCGUCGUCCGACUGAGAGCCUUUAAGACGUUUUGGACGACGCAUCAUCUCUACAUAUUGAUCUACAUCAUCACCGUCAUUCACGGAUCCGCAAGGCUUAGCGGUUCGUCGUCAUUCUACAUGUACGUAAGCGGCCCGAUUGUGCUCUUCGCCAUUGACAAGCUGAUUACGAUACGUAAGAGAAAGCUGGAAUUGUCUAUCGUCUGUGCGGAGUUACUUCCGUCAGGUACGUUGUUAUACUGUUCGCGUUAGUUGUGAGCAUGCAUCUUACUAGAAUGUCAACGUCGAUCCGUUAGCCCAA